CCACCUCUGCCGGCCCGCCCUCGGCUUCCCCACUGCGCCGAGCAGCAGCCGGGCAACCCCGAGUGGCGGCGCCGGCCUAAGCCCCUGCCAGCCUCUGCCGCCGCCUGGAUGCCGAAGAGCCGCAGGAUUCCACAUCUGAAGAAAACAUAACCUUAUGCCUGCCUGCGCCUCUUGUAGGUGCUGUUUGUGGCUCUUAGUCUGAGACGCUGACCUUCACUGCACAGCUAAGGUCUCGAGGACUUCCACCAACAGACACAUCCAGUUGAAGGAAUCCAGGGUGCUGUUACACUUGGGAGAGCGAGGACUGGGGGGUCAGCCACAGAGCAAGAGCCCUCUGGGGCCUCUGGCAGUGGAGUGAAGCUGGAACCAUCAGGGAAUAUGAGUGAAUUUUGGCACAAACUGGGCUGUUGCGUGGUAGAGAAGCCCCAGCCGAAGAAGAAAAGAAGACGGAUUGACCGGACCAUGAUUGGAGAACCAAUGAAUUUUGUCCACCUGACUCAUAUCGGCUCUGGGGAGAUGGGGGCUGGAGAUGGACUUGCUAUGACAGGUGCAGUUCAAGAGCAGAUGAGAUCCAAGGGAAACCGAGACAGACCAUGGAGCAAUUCUAGGGCCUUGUAGCUCCUGUGGGAACGGGUCAGCAGUCUUGGAGUCCCCACUCUGUCCAGCCCAGGAGAAAUGCUGCUCCCACCAGAUCCCUUCUACAGCCAGUGACCCAUGGGCCCCUCUCUUCCCUGUCUUCCUAACAAGUGCCUCAAAAGGCAUGGGGGCUGGACUCCCUCUUCUCCCUCUGGCCUUGGCCCCUCCUGGAGAUGGGGUUAAGGCAGCAGGACUGACCAAGUGACUACUGGUGGGCCAGAGGACCUCAGCUGAAACCCUGGGUACCCUAUAUCUGAGCUGGGAGGUCUGUGGGAACCUGCAAUGAGUUCCCUGCUCCUCAAUGAAGGUUGGGGUACUACCUGUUUUUAAUCUUUUUACCUUUACUCCUUAAAUUGGGCAGGUAAGUGAGAGCACCAAAGCUGAACUCAGCUUUGAUGAGAUGCUCUCUACUUUUCUACCUUCUCUUUGCUUCUGGAAUGAGUUAGUGCAGAUGUUACAGGGCUGGUAGGGUGACCACUGCCUAGUCCACUCUAGAUUUCAGACAUUAAGCUCACAGCCCCUCUAUGUCUGUCUGCCAGCACCAGGGUGUUAGUCCAGUUGGGCCUCUAAUCCUGUGUUUGUAGCAUUACUAGCUUCCCAGCAACUUUUUUUUUUUUUUAUUAAAAUUUUAAUUUAAGAUGAGUUCUUUUAAUUACCCCCAUCCUUCUACCUUUGUCCUUAUACCAUCCCUGUUAGGAACCAUAUUAUUCUCCGUUGAAGAGUUAAGAAGUGGAUCUUACUUUGACCACAUUCCAUUUAAGACUUGGGAGUCCUAGCCUACCCCUCUGUCAACCUCCCUGCUGGUCCAGGUAAAAGGAAGAAGAGGAUCUAUAUAUAGGAAGCCAGGAUGUAGCCAAAUUAGCUAUAUCUCGAUGUGGCCCUUCCUAAUCAUUUGAAUGGGGCAGUGGUAAGAGAAAUCCCACAGUCCUCCACAGGCAUAGGGAGAGGCUAUAAACAAGCCUUUUCAACUUUGGACAAUUUGGUCUGGUUAAUUCUUUGUAUUGGAGGACUGUUCUUUGUAUUAUAAGAUACAACAUCUCUGGCCCACCCUAGUUGACAACCAAAAAUGUCUCCAGAAAUUGCCAAAUGUCUCCUAGGGACAGAAUUGCCCACCGUUGAGAACCACAGCUCUAGAGUCAAGAUAGGCUUUUCCUAAGUGUUUUCUGCACUGCCCCCACCCCCACCCCCCAAUCUGAUGUAUUCAUUUUAAGCUUGAGCAACUAGCACCCUCAUAGAGGCAGGCUCAGAGUGGCAUGUAAUCUAUUCAGAUGUGUUGCCUAGGCUUACAUGGGUUCGAGUCUGACAGAUAUGUAUGAUGUUUCUUCAUUGUUGGCUCUGUGUAAGAGGGUUCUUGGCAGUGUGGAGAAAUGAACAGGGUAUGCUGGGAUUGGAGAAGUGGGAAUCAAAAGCAGCAGAGACACCCUAACUUGCUGUCCAUGUUAUAAGCUCUUCUUCUCUGUGUCCUAGUCCUUGAACCAGACACAAAUAAGACUCAGGGAGUUUUGUUGGAAAAUCAGGUCCCACUCCCCACCUGGCUAAAGAGUCUGUUUUUAGAGGGGAAAGAAUUGUAGGAGCAGAGUCUUUAGUCCCUUUGUUUUCUCAGGUGUUUUUUGUUCUGGCCCUUUCCUUGUAGGGUAAAUAGAAAGGCAGAACAAGAUAGAUGGGCUCCUGCCUGUUCCUAAAAAAUAAGGCCGGGGUCUCUUUAGCUUUGUUAAAAGAAGUCUUUAUGGUAAUGGAUCAGGACUGUGGGAACUGAUCCACUCUUGCUGAUUCCACCAUCCAUCUGGUUACCCCUACCUAGUGAUUGAGGUUUUGAUUUUUUUUCAAAGCUUAGUGUACUUCCUAUAGUUUUUCAGGGUCUAAGAUUGGUUACAGGGGUACAUUUCCUAUUUACUUUGAGUUCUAGUCAAUCUGGUUUCUCUGAAAGUAGCCUAUCCUGUUACCCUGAAGGAGCUCAGUGGUUUGAUGUUAUGCUGAAAUGCUUGCAGAUGCCUUGUGGGCAACAGGUGUCUGAGGAUGGCUACGAAUGCAGUCCAAUACAUUUGUAGAUGACAAUAUCAUGUCACAGUGGUAAAAGGUUGGACACCCCUGCUGGGUUAACAGGCUAGGGUAGAAAGAACUCCAGCCUCAUCAUCCUGGAAACUAUUCUUUGGACCCAGUCAUCCCGUUGGUGCUCCCCUGCCUUGAGCUACCUUCUCUAAUGCAUAUACUACCAUCACUUAACAAGGUGAUUGGAAUGGGUUUGAGAGUCAUAAUUUAUAUUAAAAAUUCUUGGACUUUAAAAUGCAUUUUUCAAAUAAAAAAAAUUAA